CCUGUGUUCAGGGUCAUGAUUCCACCUCGCGCUUCCUCCACUGUGUGGGGCUGCCGUCGAACGACACGGGCAGAGAUCAUGUGCGCAGACUGAAAGACGUGCUCGAGGCAACGAUGGAUGUGUACACCUUCGUGAGGACGAGCAUGACCGGAGUGCCAUUCCUCAGCCUUCAGGGGGCUCUGGAAUUGAAUCCCGGUGCAGACCCCCUGCAGAAUGAAGCCCUGGUGCAGAUGUGGCUGGAAGUGAAGAUAAAGCCGCUGCUGAAAUCCAUCACCAAACACUUCCUGACCUGCCUCAGCACCAAGAACUUCAGCUGCUCCACCUACCAGACUGUGGUGAGGGAGCUCAGUCACCAUUAUUCUGAGAUGGAACCAGUCAGACAGAAGUGGAUCUACACGUUCUUCAUGUAUCCCUUCCUGUCUGGAGACCGAGUCGCUGGUUGUGCGGGUCGGAAUGAGAGCAGCGAGGACUGGCUGAUGAAGAAUUUUGGUGCUUUCAGAGGCAUGGCCCGCAUGAAGGAUUUUUCAACUCUUAACAUGGUCUUUAGUGGACUGGAGGUCCUUCAUCUGCUGUCCCCAGCACAAAAGGCAGAGCUGCUGCUGAUGCCUGGGGUCGCAGGUUUGGACAAUGGCACCUUAACGCUGAUCUUCCACAGUUUGCUGACUGGGGGCCCUUCUCCCACUCACCCCUCUCACCCUCCUCCCACAAUGAGCCCUGGCAACAACUGGACGAACCCUGGCAACAACUGGAUGAACCCUGGAUAUUAUCCACCCAGCUAUUCUCCACAACCUACAUAUAACCCUAUGUCUCCACAACACGGCAUCAGAGAGGUCGUAAACGGGUUCAUGAUGGCUUUCAAACCCAUCGGGAGCUUCGUUCAUGACUUUGUGUCCUUCACACGUGAGAGAAACGUGUCAGAGAUCAGAAGCACCACUCUGACCCAGUUCCUGCUCAACUGGACUCUGGCUGAGCUCGCAGACAUGUAUCGGCCGCGCAACACGUCCGUCGUCCCAGAGCCGCCAAAGUUUGAUGUGACGAACGUGGAGGACUGGUACAAGCAGGUCGUGAUGCCGGUGUUACGGAGGUUCUUGCCAAACACUGGGGCCCCGAUGCAUCAAAACAUCAAACUCGCAUUCCACCAAUUGUUCUACCUGGACCAUCAGAAGGACAAUGAAACCUCGGAGAUCCUGGAUGUUUGUAGCCUCACCCUUGAUAAGAGCCCUUGUGGGCUGACGGAUGCAGUGGAGCACAUGGCCUACGUUCUACACUGUGCUGCUCGUUCCAACCUGACGAUGACGGAGGAGACGAUCAUGCGGCUGAUCAUAGAGCUGACAAAACGACUGAACUCACUGAUGAAGGAGUUAUCUACAACCAACUUCAACCAGUUGGGGUCGGACAUUAAGGAGAUCUUCUCCGAGGCGGAGUCUCCGUCUCUGACCCUGGAACACCUGCAGGACCCAGAGUUCAUCAAGCUCUGGUUCAAGGUCAAGAUGAUGCCCCUCCUGCCGGACGUGCCCCCGGCCCUCCUCGCCUGCCUCAGCACCAAGAACUUCUCCUGCCCCGUCUUUCAAACCAUUGUCGCAGCUCUCAGCAAACACAUGAGUGUCAUGGAUGCUGAUCCAAAGAACAGCCACACAAUCUAUCACAACUUCAUCUACCCCUCCCUGCUGAACAAACGCACCUCUGAAUGUGUACCAGUGAACAUCACGCUGGAGAACUUCACAGCCAAUCAGCUGGUGUCUCUGCUGAAGUGCGACCUGUCUGGAAACAGCAGCCACUCUAAAAUGCUGUGGAAGAUGCUGCUCACGAAACUGUCCAACGUCCUGGACCAGGCUCUGGACAUGCUGGCUAACGCAUCCAUGACCAUGGUGGGUCCAUCAGCGGUGGAGGUGUUGGAUGUGAUUGGUGAGAUCAGAGUGUCGCUGCUGACUGACGAGCAGCUGAUGAACAGCAGUGAGAUCAGGAAGUGGUUUUCCAGACGCCUGAGCGGGUUCCUGCCGUCUGCGUCUGUGCGGUUCCUGCGCUGUCUGAACAACAGAAACCUCAGCUGUCAGUCGUACCAGCAAAU